AUGAAUGACCUUGACUACAUCAAACAAGAACUGAACCACUAUGGUCAGGCCCACUUGCUAAAUUUCUGGGAUGACCUGAACCAGACACAACAAGUCAACCUUCUAACUGAAAUAAAGAACCUCAAUUUGAAAGAAGUCACCCAGUAUUUUGCUGAUGCGAACCAGUCUUUGAAAGCUGCUAAUGACAAAAUUGAUGACCUGUUGGAGCCUCUCCCUGCUGCCGUCUGUGGGAGUGUCACACGCUGUAGUGUGCAACAGAUUCAUGAUUAUUACAAAUUGGGUUUAGAAAAGAUUGGUGAUAAUCAAGUAGCUGUUUUGUUACUGGCUGGGGGACAAGGAACUCGCCUGGGUGUGGACUACCCAAAAGGCAUGUACAGUGUUGGCCUUGCUUCAAAUAAGACACUCUACCAAUUGCAAGCAGAACGUAUACUUAAAGUUCAGCAGUUGGUCAACAAAAAAUGUUCAGUUAUCUGGUAUAUCAUGACAAGUGAACAUACAAAACAACAGACUGAGAAAUAUUUUGAAGCAAAUAAUUAUUUUGGUUUGGACAAAGAAAAUGUUGUUAUAUUUGAACAAUUCCUGCUACCCAGCAUGACAUUUGAUGGCAAGAUUAUCAAAUCUGCUAAGGAUAAACUUGCAUUAUCUCCAGAUGGAAAUGGUGGCUUGUAUCGUGCCUUGAGGGACCGUCACAUCUUUGAAGAUAUGGAAAAGAGAAAUAUCAAAUACAUUCAUGUCUAUUGUGUGGACAAUAUCUUAGUCAAAAUGGCUGACCCAGUCUUCAUUGGUUACUGUGUGAGUAAAGGAGCCGAUUGUGGGGCAAAGGUUGUAGAAAAGGCAUUCCCUACUGAAGCUGUUGGUGUUGUGUGUAAAGUUGGGGGCAACUAUCAAGUUGUUGAGUACAGUGAAAUAACUUUAGCCACUGCAGAGAAACGCAAUGAUGAUGGACGCCUAAUGUUCAGCGCUGGAAACAUCUGCAAUCAUUUUUUCACCACAGAAUUUCUCCACAAAAUCUUAGAAAAACAUGAACCUGAAUUGAAACAUCAUGUUGCAAAGAAGAAGAUUACUUGUAUUGAUGAAAAAGGCAAUCAGUUCAUGCCCACAGAACCAAAUGGAAUCAAAAUGGAGAAAUUUGUCUUUGAUGUCUUCAGACUUUGCGACAACUUUGCCGUCUGGGAAGUUCUGCGAGAAGAUGAAUUUAAGCCCCUAAAGAAUGCUGAAGGGAAACCAAAAGACACACCUUCAACAUGCCUUCAUGCACUACAUAAUCUUCACCAUCGUUAUGUGCUCAACGCAGGAGGAAAAUUUAUACAGAAAAAUGGCACACCCAUUCCAGACAUACCCAGUAAAAAUUGCCACAGCCACUCGGCUGCCACCAACAGCCAAGCCAAUGACUGUGAUGAUUCAGUUGUUGAAUGCGAAAUCUCACCACUUGUCUCAUAUGCAGGGGAGGGUCUGGAGAAACUUGUGAAAGGAAAGUCAUUUGUGCCACCUCUGCUGAUAAAUGAAGACAGGAUUAAUGAUGUGUAA